UGACCGUCAGUGUCCGGGUAAAGGGUGAGGCUCCCGGUUUGAACCUGCACACAGACGCUGCUGGUUCUCCGGAGGGAGCUGCGGAGUUCUGCCGUUAAACUGGGUCCAGGUUUGACUUCCGACCGUUGAGUCCCGUUUCUCCAGCAGCCGGACGGGGAGCAGCAGGAAGCGGUGCGGUUCGGUUCGGUAGCUGCUGCCGCUGCACUUUAACAGCAGAUUAACCCACAGCAUAAACGGAUUACCGACACCGAACACCUGCACAGGUAGCAGGCGGAGACAGGAGCCCGGAGCCGGCAGAGAGCUGAGAGAGACCCGCUGGAGAAAGGACCGACAGGUGAGCUGCCAGCAUGGAGUCGGAGCUGCUGAUUGGCUGGCAGCAGGAGAAGGCGGAGCUCCAACAGGAGGUGCGUCGCCUGCAGGAGGCGCUGGCGGACAGUCGAGCUGAAGGGGCGGAGCUUCAGGCGAGGAGUAGAGCACUGAGUCAACGGCUCAGCCAAUCGGUGUCUCCGGCGCUCGGCCCCUCUGAGGAGGAGGAGAGGGAGUGGAGGAGGAGGCUGAGGGAGUCCAGAGAGAGGGAGGCCCGGCAGGCGCUGCUCAUCCACCGGCUCCAGAACAAGGUGUUGGAGUACAGGGAUCGAUGUCAACGCUUGGAGCUUCAGGUGGAGGAUGAACACACACAGAUGAUCAGCACUGAGCGGAGGAUCAGAGAGCAGCACAGUGACUCCUUGGAGAGCGCCCUCAUCAGGCUGGAGGAGGAGCAGCACAGGUCUGUUGGUCUGGCCGACACCAACGCUCUCCUCCGGGAGCAGCUCAGCCAAUCAGAGCAGGCCAACAGGGUCCUGAGGGAGGACUUCCAGAAACUGACAGCUGAUUGGACGACAGCUGUGGAGGAGGCGGGAAAGAGGGAGGCAGACUGGCACAGAGAGAGGGAGUGUCGGUCGGGUCAUGUGGGUCAGCACCAGGCUCAACUGCUGUCAGUGUGGAGGUCUGUGGUCGCCCUGAGGAGACACUGUUACAUCAUGAAGACAGCUGCAGACAGGGAUCUGUGGCAGCUGAGGGCAGAAUUUUCUCGUCUCUCCUCGUCCCUCCUCUUCAGCUGUGGCUCCUCCAUGAGGCUCAGUGCUCCUCACACCUCCUCACUCUCUGACCUGCCUCCUCCUCUGUCCCCCACACUGGUCCUACCUCUUCUGGACUCCUCAGCUGCUGCACCUCUGCCCAUUUGCUCCUCCACCCUGGGAACCUUCACCUUAGGAGAGCUGGAGCACAGAGAGGAGGACCAGAUGGAGGAGAAGACACAGGAGGAGAUGCAGGAGGAGAAGGUGAAGAUGGAGGAGGAGCAGCAGCGGGUUCUGUCAGAGUUGCAGCUCAUCCAUCAAUCUCAAGUUGAACAGACACAACAGCGGGUUGUGGAGCUCUCUCGAUCACUGCAACAGGAGGUCCAUCAGAUGGAGGUGAUGGAGAAGGAGGCUGAGAGACUCAGGGAAUCGGAGAGAAGCCUUCAGUCGGUCAGUCAGGCUGUGAUCAGACUGUCCAGAUCCCUCAGCAGCAGCGUGUCCUCAGAUGGCAUCCUCGGCCUGGACCUGUCCUCCCUGCUGUCCGUCCUGUCCCACGCUGAGAGCGCCCUCCGCUGGAAACACGAGGAGCUGCAGGGGGCGGAGCUUUCUCUGCGGCGCCUCAACGACGACAUCACGACCCUGAAGGUUCAGCUGGAGCAGCUGGAGGACAACAACCAGCAGCUGAAUGCACAAACACAACACACACAGCAGGAGCUCACACUCACUGUGGAGCUACUGAGCAGAGAGCAGGAGGUGUGUUCCUCCCUCCGCCUACAGCUGCAGGAGGUCCAGAGCAGAGAGGAGGAGCUCCACAGAGACCGAGACCGACAGCAGGAGCGCCUGGAGUGUCUGGAGGCUGAGACACGCCGACGAGUGGAGGCGGAACUGUUAGAGAACGUCCAGCAGUCAGAGAGAGAAGCUCUGCAGAGAACUGAGAUCCACAGACUGAAGGGCUCAUUAGAGAGAGAGCAGUUACACAAACGUAGAGCAGAAGAAGAAGCUGCUGAUGCCAGAGAAGCUCUGCAGAAGUCCAGGGAUGCUGUGUUGCGUCUCUCGUCCUCUGAGAUUUUGCUGAGACGGGAGGUGGACGAAGGACGUGACGCAGUGGACAAGAUGGCCGCCCUGAACUCAGCUUUGGCCUCAGAUAAGAGAGAGCUGAACCAUCAGCUGCUACAGGUGGAAGGUGAGCUGUCCGACAGCCAAUCACAGCUCCAGGCUCUGAGGUCAGAGGUCAGCGCUCUGCACAGAGAAGUCACAACCCUCAACAUGGACUGCAACCAGCUCAGAGAGCAGAGGUCCUCAGAGGCUGACGUCCUCCAUCAGCUGAGAGAGCGAGAGGUGGAGCUGGAGAGGAAGAUGGAGGAGAAGGAGAGGCAGCUGGUCUCCUUGGUGGAGGAGAAGCAGAGGGAGGGAGGGCAGCUGGAGGAGCUAUCCUCCCAGAGAGCCUCAGUGUGUUUGGAGCUGAAGGAGGUGCAGCAGCAGCUGAAAGAGGCGCAGAAGGAGGUGAAAGAGGCACAGGAGGAGGUGAAGAGGAGGGAGACGCUGCAGGAGGAGCAGCAGAGAGACAACAGGAGGCUGCAGCAGGAGCAGGAAGGUCUGCAAAGACACCUGGCGCAUCUGGAGGAGGAGCUCCAGGAGCUCAGGUGUCUGACGGUGUCUCUCCAGCAGCAGCUCAGUCAGCAGCAGAAGCAGUUCAGUCAGUCGGAGGUGGACAGGUGUCAGCUCAUCAGACACGUCCAGACGGUCCAGGAGGCCAAGCUCACCUUACAGGGUGAGGUGGAGUUCCUGAGAGGAGAACUGGAGCGAGAGACAUCCAGGAGAGAACAGGAGCAGGAGAGGAAGGAGAACAGUGAGGUGCAGAAGGAGGAGCUGCAGGAGGAGCUUCAAAGACUGUCGGAGGAGGUAGAGGAGCUGAGGAGAAGGAGAAGAGAUCAAGAAGAUGAGAGGAGGCAGGAGGAGGAGGCCUGGCAGAGAGAAAGAGAAGCUCUGAACCAGGAGCUGGGAACCAAAGAUGGAGAGGUGGAGGUGCUGAGGAGACGCAUGGAGGGACUGGAGGAGGAGAAGGAGGAGAGACAGAAGGAAGUGGACAGACUGAUGGAGGAGAAACAGAGGGAGGUGGACAGACUAAAGGAGGAGAAGGAGGAGAGACAGAGGGAGGUGGACAGACUAAAGGAGGAGAGACAGAGGGAGGUGGACAGACUGAUGGAGGAGAAGGAGGAGAGACAGAGGGAGGUGGACAGACUAAAGGAGGAGAAGGAGGAGAGACAGAGGGAGGUGGACAGACUGAUGGAGGAGAGACAGAGGGAGGUGGACAGACUAAAGGAGGAGAAGGAGGAGAGACAGAGGGAGGUGGACAGACUGAUGGAGGAGAGACAGAGGGAGGUGGACAGACUAAAGGAGGAGAGACAGAGGGAGGUGGACAGACUAAAGGAGGAGAGACAGAGGGAGGUGGACAGACUAAAGGAGGAGAGACAGAGGGAGGUGGACAGACUAAAGGAGGAGAGACAGAGGGAGGUGGACAGACUAAAGGAGGAGAGACAGAGGGAGGUGGACAGACUAAAGGAGGAGAAGGAGGAGAGACAGAGGGAGGUGGACAGACUAAAGGAGGAGAAGGAGGAGAGACAGAGGGAGGUGGACAGACUGAUGGAGGAGAGACAGAGGGAGGUGGACAGACUAAAGGAGGAGAAGGAGGAGAGACAGAGGGAGGUGGACAGACUGAUGGAGGAGAGACAGAGGGAGGCGGACAGACUAAAGGAGGAGAGACAGAGGGAGGUGGACAGACUAAAGGAGGAGAGACAGAGGGAGGUGGACAGACUAAAGGAGGAGAAGGAGGAGAAACAGAGGGAGGUAGACAGACUGGAGGAGAGACAGAGGGAGGUGGACAGACUGAUGGAGAAGGAGGAGAGACAGAGGGAGGUGGACAGACUAAAGGAGGAGAGACAGAGGGAGGUGGACAGACUGAUGGAGGAGAAGGAGGAGAGACAGAGGGAGGUGGACAGACUAAAGGAGGAGAAGGAGGAGAGACAGAGGGAGGUGGACAGACUGAUGGAGGAGAGACAGAGGGAGGUGGACAGACUAAAGGAGGAGAAGGAGGAGAGACAGAGGGAGGUGGACAGACUGAUGGAGGAGAGACAGAGGGAGGCGGACAGACUAAAGGAGGAGAGACAGAGGGAGGUGGACAGACUAAAGGAGGAGAAACAGAGGGAGGUGGACAGACUGGAGGAGAAACAGAGGGAGGUGGACAGACUGAUGGAGGAGAGACAGAGGGAGGUGGACAGACUGAUGGAGGAGAAGGAGGAGAGACAGAGGGAGGUGGACAGACUGGAGGAGAGACAGAGGGAGGUGGACAGACUAAAGGAGGAGAAACAGAGGGAGGUGGACAGACUGGAGGAGAAACAGAGGGAGGUGGACAGACUGAUGGAGGAGAGACAGAGGGAGGUGGACAGACUAAAGGAGGAGAAGGAGGAGAGACAGAGGGAGGUGGACAGACUAAAGGAGGAGAAACAGAGGGAGGUGGACAGACUGGAGGAGAGACAGAGGGAGGUGGACAGACUAAAGGAGGAGAAACAGAGGGAGGUGGACAGACUGAUGGAGGAGAGACAGAGGGAGGUGGACAGACUAAAGGAGGAGAAGGAGGAGAGACAGAGGGAGGUGGACAGACUAAAUGAGGAGAAGGAGGAGGAGGUCAGGAGGCUGAUGGAGAGGCUGCAGGAGAGAGUCGGGGAGAUGGAGCUGCUGAGGGUGAGGCUGAACGUGGCCACCGAGGAGUGCGAGGAGGUAAAGGAGGAGGUGCAGAGGAGGGAGUGCAGCCUGGAGCGACAGAUCAGCGCUGUCAGGGAGCAAGAGGAGGAGGCGCAGCAGCUGAGGAAGCACCUGAGGCUGCUGCAGAAGCAACAGGAGCAGGGAGAGAGAGAGCGGCAGGAGGUGGAGGCCAGGCUUAGGCAGAAGGAGCAGAGGGAGGAGCAGCUGGAGGAGCUGCUGAAGCAAGCCAGGGCCCUGCUGGAGGACGAGAGGAGACGAGGAGGACAGAAAGACUGCAGGAUCUCCUUCCAGGACAAGGAGCUGCAGGAGGCCCGGACCCAGAGUGACGGAGCCAGAAGGAGAACCAGACAGAUGGAGGAGCACCAGCACCGCCUGGAGGAGGAGCUGAAGGAAUGCAGGGAGGAGGCAGAGUUCAGAGCGACAGAGGCAAACAAACUCAAACACCUCCUCACCCAGACCGAGGAGGAGAUGCAGCAGCUCAGAGCUCUGCUGGAGGAGAGAGAGGAGGAGACCAGGCAGAGGGAGGAACAGGGGCGAACUGAGGAAGACAGGAGGAGGAGGAUGGAGGACAGACUGAGGGAGGUGGAGGAGGAGAAGAGGAAGAUGAAGGACAGAUGGGGAGAAGCAGAAAAGGAGGUGAAGGAACAAAGACAGGAGCUGAGCAGGACGCUGGAGGAGAGAAAAAUCCUGGAGAACAGAGUGAAGGAGAGGCAGGAGGAGCUGAGGAGGCUGAGAGAGGAGAAGAGGAGACUGGAAGACAAGCUCACAGAGAAGGACACAGAAAUGGAGGAGCUGUGGGAGGAGCUGAGGAGAAAAGAGGAGAAGAGGACAAUGGAGGAGCCUGAGAAGAGUCAGCAUCUGUUAGUGGAUGAGAGAGAGAGGUCCAGGGUGAGACAGCUGGAGGAGGAGAAGACAGGACUGUCACUGGAGCUGAAGAGGACGGAGAGGGAGGAGUCACAAGAGGAGCUGAAGAGGAGGAGAGAGGAGCUGUCUGCACUCAGAGAGGAGCUGAGGACACAACAAAGACUCAAGGAGGAGAUACAGGAGGAGAUAACUGCACUGAAGGAGGAGCAAAGACAGAAGGAGGAGGAGUGGAGGUCAAAGGAGAUGAAGAGGAGCCAGGAGGAGAGGAGGAGGACUGAUAGCAAGCUUACCGUCAUCACAGAGGAGCUGCAACAUCAACAGAAGGAGAAGGAGGAGAUCCAGGAGAAGUUACGGAGGACACAGGAGGAGGUGCAGAGAGAGAGGGUGGAGGCACAGGAGGAACUGAGGAGGAUGAGAGAGGAGCUGAGGAAGCGGCAAAGACAGAACGAGGAGAUACAACAGAAGUUGCUGAGGACAGAGGAGGAGGUGCAAAAAGAACAAAGGAAGAAGGAGGAGGCACAGGAGGAGAUGGAUGUACUGAAGGAGAAGCAAAGACAUAAGGAGGAGGAGUGGAGGUCGAAGGAGAUGAAGAGGAGCCAGGAGGAGAGGAGGAGGACUGAUAACAAGCUUACCGUCAUCACAGAGGAGCUGCAACAUCAACAGAAGGAGAAGGAGGUGAUCCAGGAGAAGUUACGGAGGACACAGGAGGAGAUGCAGAGGAGCAGGGAGGAGGUGUCUACGCUCAGGAAGGAGGUGCAGAAAGAAGAAAAGGAGAAGAAGGAGGCACAGGACGAGCUGAUGAAGAGAAGACAAGAUGUAGCAGCCCUCACAGAAGAGGUGAAGCAGGAAAGGAAGAGGAAGGAGGAGGUCCAGCAGGAACUGAGAGGAGUCCAGCAGCGUGUGGAGGAGAUGACGGAGAGCCUGAGCUCCCUGCAGAGUCAGACCCUGAGGAACACCUCCUGUAAACAUCUAACCUCCUCCAUGUCUGCUGCAGCUGUCUGGUCUGAGUCUGAGCCGAGAGCAAGCCAGGAAGGAGGUGAAGGAGGAGGAGACGCAGCAGAUGAAGGAGGGUCUGAGGGCAGCGCUGGAGGAGAUGACCACACUGAAAGUCCUGCUGCAGGUACAGCACCUCCUGGACUCCUCACACCACUUUAUCUUCAGGUUUAUGUUGAACUGCUCCUUCGUCCACGUUCAGGAGAGCCACGCCGAGGGGAAUGUCUGAGGAGCACUCUCAAGAAGAAGAAGGAGGAGGUGGAGGAGAGGAGAGGAGAGUUGGAGGAGCUGAGAGUCAGAGCCAAGGCCCUGGAGAGGAGGAAGAGGGAGGUGAUGGAGGAGCACCAGGAGGCCGAGGGGAAGUGGAGGAGCAGGAUGGAGGAGAUGGAGGAGCAGCAGCGGGAGAAGCUGAACGCUCUCAACACAGAGAUCCAGACACUGAAGACCAGAGAGCAGGAGUGGAGGUCCAGGCUGGAGGAGAGCCGUGCUGAGCUGAGCCGGGUCAGAACCACCGUGGAGGAGCAGAACUCCCAGAUCUCCUCUCUGACGGAGGAGAAGGAGCAGGUCUCCUCUCUGCAGCAGGAGAAGGAGGAGAUCAGGAGGCUGCUGAGGGAGAGAGAAGCUCAGGUGUAUUCUCUGACCCAGAAGACAGGUGAGCUGGAGACGGAAAGGGACAGAGUUCAUUUGGCUUUGGAGCAAACAGAGGCAGCUCUGAUUGGCUACAGGGAGAGAGUCCACCAACAGGACCAGAGCUCAGGGGCGGGGCCUAACACAGAGGAGGCUGUAGAGGACAGGUUGGUGGUUCUCCAGCGUUUGGUGGCUGCACUUGAACUGGACCAGAAACGACUGAACAAGAAGAACUCACACCUGGAGACUCAGAGGGACAAACUGAGGACAGACAGAGACACUCUGAGGGAGACUCUGAGACAGGUGGAGGCGGAGCGUUGGAGGCUCAGACAGCAACUGACAGGCAACAGAUCUCAAGAGUCAGCUGACACCACAGAAGAACAACACCUGAGGAGCAGAGUGAGGGAGCUUGAGGACCAGGUGAAUCAGCUCCGCCUGUCAUUGGCUGAAGACCAGCAGCAGAGGGUGGAGUUUAUCCAGCAGUCGUCCAGAAACAGCCAAUGGCUGCUAUCACUGAGACAUGACCUCAACGACUCGCUGGACGCUGUCACACGUCGCCCAAUCCCGUCCGUCCUGCAGUCUGAGACGCAGCGAUUGGACCGCAGCCUGAGGGAGGAGGAGCUUCGGAUGUCCCUCAGCCAAUCGUAGCGCCUCCAGAUAAACACUGAGACUUUAAAGCUCAACAGGAACACCUGGAUGAGUUUGUGAAAGAACAGGUGUAGAGCCUCCUUCUGAUUGGCUGUUUGCAUCACCUGUAAAUGUCCUGCAGAGUUGCUGCUGUCUUCAGAUCUGAUGUCUUCAGAGAUAAUCCGGUUCCUUCACACGGUUCCUGUUUCAUUUCACUGGAAUCUAAAGUCCUGCAGAUCUGAGGAACCAGAACAAGAAGUAAAGAACUGGAACCACCAUGUCUCCUCAGAUGUUAAACUCUGGACUACUGUUGUCUCCUCAGACUUCUGUGGAGGUUCUGUCAUCCAGGUCCUGGAGAUGGUAGGAGCUUCAGGAGAAACCAACUGGAGGUUCUGGAAGACGUUUCCAGAACCUCCAGUUGGUUUCUCCUUAACCUUCUACCAUCUCCUCAUCCUGUAGAUGUUCUUCUAUCUCCAUGUUUCCUCUCUACUCUGCUCAUCAUCUGUAGAUGUUUCUCCAUGCUGGAUGGCUCUCCAUCCUGCUCCUCUGUUCUCUGUUUGGUUUGUUUUCUUGGUUUUCGUGUCGGUCUCUCUGAGUAAACACUGCCUGCAGUUCAGUAGAAGAAACACUGAAGUCCUCCAGAGAUGAAUCCUGAUCCUUCCAGGCCUCUGUAGCUCCACGUCUGUCCAGAGCUGCAGCUCUGCUCUGAAUCAACUAUUAAAUUAUUCGGUUCCAGUAUUUGUUGACCUUUCAGCAGCUGAUUGAUAAAGUAUUGAUGAGCUGCAGCUUCAGUUAAAUGUGUGUCUGAACCAGUUAUUUCUCAUGUUCACUUAUUUAUUGUUUGUUUUUACAUCUGUUUAUAUUCUGAGUCAGACAUCUGACUACGUUUCCCAUGAUGCUCCAGUCUGAGCUGGAGGUCCGAUGUGUGUUUCUGUUCAAUAAAACUGAAGUUUUUCUAAAUGA